AUGUCGUCUUUUUGCCCAACCGAAGAUGCUACUGUUGGAGGUAUUGGUAGCUUGAAAAUUAGAGGUAAUGUAGAAAUUCGUGGUACUGCAAGUUUGUUACCUCAAAAAGAUGCAGCGCCCUCUUUGGCUCAGAUUUAUAUUUACGAGAAAGAAGAUGCUUUAACAUUACGAACAUUUAAAGACUGUCACCAAAACAUUCUUCAAGUAAUUCAAGAUGUUUUGAAAAAUAAUCCUUAUGCAAAGAUUUACAAAAGCUUACUGGAAAAAUAUGAAGAAUCAAACAAUGACAAUAACGUGAAUAUAAGUUUUUUGAGGCUGAAUGGAGAUGAUCGUAGACGUUACAACCUUCCAAUCAAAGGUAUCGCAGAAGUAGCAGCAAUAAUUUCAACUGGCAAAGAAGGAGAUAUCCCUACAAACAUUGAUUUUCGAGUUUAUCCAAGGAAUGAUUUUAAUUCUACAAUCAUUCAUAAACUUUCUUCACAUAAUGAACCAAUGUUAUUUCCUCUUUUUUUUCCUUUCGGAACUCCCGGAUAUUCUUUAGAUUUAAAGCAAAACAGUAAAUCUGACUCAAAAAGAAUUACACCUUCCCAAUAUUUUGGACAAAGAUUAUCUAUGAACAAUAAAAGAUUUAAUCCAAUUUUACAUGGAGGCCGAUUAACACAACAAUACAUUAUAUACGGAUACAUUGUUGUUGAAUGGAAUCGAUUAAAUUACAUAAGAAUGAAUCAAAACAUUUUUCGACAAGAAACUUUACAAGGAUUGACAGAUCAUAUUAAAAAUAGCUCUGCGAACACAUCAAAUUUGAUUCGUUUAGGAAAUGCAGUUGUUCUACCAUCGACAUAUGAAGGUAGUCCAAGAUCAAUGCAACAAUUAUAUCAGGAUUCCAUGGCCAUGACCAGAGAAUUGGGAAGACCGGACCUUUUUGUCACCUAUACUGCCAAUCCAAAUUGGCCGGAGAUAAAGGAAUAUUUACAAACAAUGCCAAAAGGAACAUCAACGAGUGAUAUUGCUUACUUCGUAGUUAGAGCCUUUAACAUAAGACUUUCAGCUUUCAUAUCCGAAAUUACUUCUGGUAAAGUUUUCGGUCCAAUUAUUGGAUACAUUUACACAAUCGAAUUCCAAAAAAGAGGACUACCACACGCGCAUUGCAUUUUCAUUUUGAAUCAUGAAAAUAAAUUAUUAACUCCAGAUAAAAUAGAUCGUUUCAUUAGCGCUGAAAUUCCAGACAAAGACGAACAACCAAACCUUCACGAAAAAGUUAUGAAACACAUGUUACAUGGACCACAUUCAGAAAACACGCCGUGUUGGAAUCCAGAAAAAUCUUCGUGUUCAAAAAAAUUCCCUUUUAAUUUUAGAAAUGAAACGGACAUGACCUGUGAUGGGUUUCCAAAAUACAAACGCAAUGACAAUAGACAUGAGCUCAAUGUUUACAACAAAAAAAUAAACGGAAAACGAGUAUUUGUAGAUAACUCAAUGGUUGUUCCGUAUAAUCCUUAUUUAAUCUUAAAAUACGAUUGCCACAUAAAUGUAGAAUAUUGCGGAUCUUUAAUGGCAAUAAAAUAUAUGUUCAAAUACCUGACUAAAGGGCAUGAUCGAAUUAAAGUUUCAAUUUCUGGAAAUGAUAAUAAUCGAAAUAUCGAUGAAAUCUCCGAUUACAUUGACACAAGAUACUUAAGCUCAAUGGAAGCAGCUUGGCGUUUACAACAAAUACCGAUGCACGGCCACAGUCAUUCUGUUAUGCGCUUACCAGUUCAUCUGCCCGGACAGCAAUACGUAACAUUCAAGGAAGUCAAUAAUAUAGAAUUGGAAACAUUCAGAGAAGCAGCAUAUGCGAAAGGAUAUGGUAUGAAUAAAGAAGAUGUUGACGAAAUAAUGAACGAAGCUGUCUCUGUCAUGAUGCCGUCAGGAUUGAGAUCAUUCUUUGUUUACCUUCUUUUAACUUCAGAAAACAUCAAUGGAAAAAGACUUUGGGAAAAAGUCAAGAAUUAUCUAUACGAAGAUAGUAAUGAAAGUAAUGCAAUUUCAGAAAUAGAACAAAAGUUAAACGGUUAA